UUAUAGAAUAAUAUGGCUCUUUAAGUUCAUGAAUUCUACGGCCAACUAAUCGCAAUGCAUCGAUCCGAGUCCAAAAAACGUAAAGAAGAACGAAAAGAAAUCAAUAUUAUUUCCAACAAAACUUUACCAACCACUCGAGAAACAGAAGAAACCUUGGCCAAGCUUCUUUCUGCUACACCCUACAUUGAAGAAGACAUCACCAAGCACGCAAAAAUAAUUUUGGAGCAAUAUAACCAAAACUACAAUCAACAAUUUAAACUACUAAUUAACGACAACUUUGAUCAAGUUUUUAAAAAUAUCAACAUAGAAGAAAAGAAACCAAAUUUUGUAAUUUUUGAAAAACAGAAAAACCGCUGGGUUCUGUUUUGUUUGACUCGACAACGUGAUAUAAAUUUCACAUUGUAUAAAGAUUCAAGUGGCAGUGAUGUUCCUUCAAAACUUGUACAAGAGCUGAAAAAACAAUUUUCUUCAAUGGAAUUUGUUUUACAUAAAGGAGAAGAACAAAAAAUAGAUGAGGAUUAUAAUUACGGACCAUUCUGUUUGCGAAAUUUGGAAAUAAUGCUCGAUUUUUUAAAAAACGAACCCAACGAUUUUGUAGAAAAAUUUCCAAAUGUAAAAUUUUUCCAAAUGAGUAAUCUAAACAGAGAUAAAAUCAAUAACGUGAUUAAAUUAACUUUAGAUUUGUCUCAAAAUGACAAGUUUAAGAUUGCUUUAAAAGAUUUUAUCAAUAAAUUACCUUUGGAAGUAACUUCCGACAUUUUGGAUUACAAGAAGGUGUUAGAAGAAGAGUUCGAAAAGGAAAAUAUUGAUCACGACAAAAUUAAACAAGCACGCUUAAGGUUUUUGAAUGAAGAAAACAUCAAUAAGUUACAAAACAACUACAAGUUACAAAAGGCAGAAUCUGAGGAAUAUGAAUUGGAUAUUCAAAAAGACUUCCCCAAAGAAAUGGAAACACUUUGUAACAUUUUUAUGGUUCUCGAUAAAAUCAAAGUGGAUAAACAACUUUUUGCUGCUUUGGAAAACAUUAGUUUAAUUUUAAACAUCGAUGUUGACAAAAUGAAAUCGUUUUAUGAAUCCAGAAUAGAAAACGAAGAAGAAACACGAAAAGAGAAGCUUACUCCUGAAAAUAUUGAAAUUAUUUCUGAAAAACUUCCUGAAAUAAAGACACAUUCAACAACAGAAAAUUGUACACCUUUAGACAAACUUCUACCUCAAAUUACUAUAGGGAUGGAUCAAGAAGAUUCUUCAUCAAAAGAAAUUCAAGAAGAUAUACAUCAAAUAGAAGAAAAAUACAACUUAGUUAAAAGCAAGUAUGAAUUUUGGAAAAAGAGCACAAUCAACGAAAUACACGCCUGGGCAACUGCGAAAAAAGGUCAUUUGGCCAACAAUAAUGAAGACAUUUGCGAAACUAUUGCUAUAGCAAACAGAGCUUUCACUUUGCUAACUGGAGGUUUUAGUCUUCGUGACACCCAAAUUUUGGCGGUGUUGGUCUUUUUCCAUGGAUCGUCUAAUCAAGGUCGGUUGUGUCAAAUCAAAACUGGAGAAGGCAAAACUGUUAUUAUUUCAUUACUUGCUGUUAUCAAAGCGCUUCAAGGUUGGACAGUUGACGUCAUUACCAGCAAUUCACUUUUGGCCGCCGAUGGUGUUGCAGAAACGAAGAGAUUUUAUUCUGUUUUCAAUCUAACAGUUUCAACUAAUAAUCCUGCAGAAGGAGAAGGAAAUUUUAAAAUUGGUUACAGUGCUGAUGUUCUUUAUGGCACUAUAAGUAAUUUUCAGUUUGAUUAUCUCAAGGACAGUUUUGAAGGUUUCAAUAUUCGAAACGGCAGAAAAUUUGGACAAGUUAUUUUAGAUGAAGUUGAUAGUAUGCUAGUUGACAAUGGAGGACAUAUUGCAAAAUUAGCGUCCCCUUUCCCUGGGAUGGAAUGUCUACGGUACAUCUACAUCAACAUUUGGGAACAAUUACAGAUAGCUGAAGACAGUUUUGCUAAAGAAAUUCAAGGAGAAAUUGAAACGAUUUUGAAACAGUGUUCUAAAAAUAAAGAAGAAGCGAGGUUACAAUAUGAAAAGUUUAUCCAAAAAAUGGUUUCUCAAGAAAGAAAAAAUAUUAAAGAAAAAAUUAAAGCCAAUAAUCCAAUCGAUGUUUGUCUAAUUCCUCAACAUUUGAAAGAAUAUGUCAGGGACAAACUAGAUGUGUGGUUGAAAAAUGCUCUUCAUGCCAAAUACAAUUGCCACGAACAUCAACAAUAUCGCAUUAUGAAAAAUGACACCGGGGACGAAGUUGUAACACCUGUCGAUUACUUAAACACCGGAGUUACUUUAAAAAAUACAAUUUGGUCCAAUGGUUUGCAUCAGUUUGUCCAACUGAAACACAAUCUUUACUUGACUUUUGAAAGUUUGACAAGUAGCUUUAUUUCGAAUAUUGGAUACAUCAAAUGUUACCGCGACGAAAAUAUUUUUGGAUUGACCGGCACUUUGGGUUCUCAAGCUGAACAAGAAUUACUUUCCAGUAUUUACAAUGUUAAUUACGCUAAGCUACCGACCUACAAAGAAAAAAUAUUUGAGGAACUCCCUGGACUCAUUUUUGAAGAUAAAUCAUGGCCCAUUAAAGUUACCUUAGAAAUUUUGUCUAAAAUUGAUGAAAGAAGAGCUGUUUUAGCAAUUUUUGAGACGGAAGAAGAUCUUCUCAGCAUCAAAAAAAAUCUAGAACUCAUUCAAAAUGGCGAUUUUCGUAUUAGAAAUUUUGCCCAUGAAGAAAACGCACGAGAAACUGAGGAGCGAGUCAAGGUCGGUGACAUUAUUUUAGCUACGAACAUAGCCGGUCGCGGUACAAAUUUCAAGACAGAAGAAAGCUUAGAAAUAAAUGGUGGUCUGCAUAUUUAUGUUGGGUUUCUUCCUUGUAAUUUACGGGUUGAAGGUCAAGCUUUUGGUAGAACUUCACGUCAAGGAAACAAAGGAACAGCUCAAUUAGUUAUUCGAAAAAGUGAAGUUGACGAACUUGGAAUAAUCGAAUCGAAUCCAAGUUUCACCAAAAUCAAGCAAGAACGAGAUUCACUUGAAUCCAAAAGGUUGGAUCAGAUCAACAAUGAACUGGUCAAAGAAUUGAACUUUAAAGACAAACUUUUCAAAAAGUUUUCAAUAUUUUACACAAAUCUGAAACAAAAUAAUGAUUCACGGGAAUAUGGAUUUGUACUUCAAGAUUUAAAAGAAUUUUGGGCAUUUUGGUUAGAGAAGAAAAACUUCAACGCGAGCAACAUUCAAACUACGACUGAAGAAGAUGAGUUUAGGAAAUUUACGAAAGAAGCCGAAACAAUUACCAAAGGAACCAUCAGUCACAACCCAUUGUAUUGUGUUGCUUUGGCUGAUUGUUAUUCAGAACAGGAAAAAAAUCGCAAAGCUAAAAACGAACUAAAACGUGCAUUGGAAAUUGGAGGACCAAACAAUUUCGAGUUGUUGGCAGGCGUCCAUUUAAAACUCUUCGAAAUUGCAAUUUCCGAAGGCGAGCAAAUUAAAGAACGAUUCAAGAAAGCAGUAGCUAAUAUUUUCUUCGUUCAUGUCGAAAAGAACGAGAAAUAUAAACAAGAAGCUGAAAAUUGUCUAAAGUGUGCAAAACAAGCCAUCCAGAAAGAAAUUAAUUAUAUUAAAACACAUCUUAUAAAAGAGGAAACUGUAAAUGAGGAUUUCGAAGCAAUUUUGCAUCAAAAUUUCAAUCAAAAUUUGCUCGUGAAACACUUGUACUCUCGUCUGCAUUGUUUGAACUUCCACGACUCUAACAUCGAUAAUUUACUCGAAUCUCUAGAAAAGUAUUCAAGAGUAGACUUUUCCGGAACUGCGGAAACGACACUUGAAAAUAUCGUAAGCAUUUCUAAAAAUCCCGACUUGACACAAUUCAUAACACUCUGUGAACUAACCGAGUUGCAUUCAAUAGGGAUUGAUACAAUUUACUGUUUGAGAGAAAUUCAUGACGUUCCAGACACAGUUAUACAUGCAGCUCAAGGACAAAUUCUGGGAGGAAUCGGAGCACUUAGUAUCGGACUUGCCUUUCUUCCAAUUUUUCCACUAAUGUCCAAUAUUGCGGGUACUCUAAUUUCUGAAGGAGUCAUCGAUAUUGUGAUGCAAAUUUGGCUCAAGGUGGUACAGAAUUUGACGAAGCAGAUUUCCGAAAAAGCAAAUUCGUCUCCUAUGGAAUCAGUUUGAUAACUUUCGGAAUAAGUGCCAUUAGUCAAUCGGUCAGAAUUUUAUCCAAAGCUGUAAGUUACUGCAGAAAACUGUCAUUAUUUUUGCGGAGAAGUACUUAUUUACAAAACGUGUGUACAAAACUUGCAAAAGUUGUCGACAGAC